AUGAACUAUAAUCCAACCCAAAUAAUUGCUGUUUUUCUCUGCAUAUCAUCCUCUGCGUAUGCGCAGGCACCUGAUUCGUUCACCUACUGGGACAGUGGACGCAUUGCUGGAAUUGCUAUCGGCGUCUCGUUUUUCCUAUUAUUACUCUUAAUAUAUGGUUUUAUAGCUAUGUGUCACCGGUCCCGUUCGACACCCGUCACUGUAUCUGGGACGAACGCUCAAUCAGGUCCACCUUACGCACCUCCAAUAUGGCAAGGGGCACAGGCGUAUGCACCUCCGCCUGGUCCCCCACCUGGUCCCCCAUCUAAUACUGCAAGCAUGAAUCCAUAUGAACUUAACGAGUAUCCUGGAUCACAGCCCCCUCCCCCUCCAUAUGUGAAAGGAGGAGAAGGAGCCAGCAUGCCGCAGGAAACAAAUUACUCCUCGCCUCCGGGUCUCCCGACGGCUGCACAUACGAGAGAAGAUAAUCGUUUCGUAUGA